AUGGGAGGCAGGUGUGGGGCUCUUGGUGAGGAGGCACUGCACUCUAACAUCAAGCUGACCAGUGAAGCCAGUUACUGGGUACAUCUCCGCUCUGCCAGGCGUCUCUGUGAGCUGUGCUGUGCCAACCGGGGCACUUUCAUCAAGGUGGGCCAGCACCUGGGGGCUCUGGACUACCUCCUGCCAGAAGAGUACACCAGCACGCUAAAGGUGUUGCACAGUCAGGCCCCACAGAGCAGCAUGCAAGAGGUCCGUCAGGUCAUCCGAGAAGACCUGGGCAAGGAGAUCCAUGAUUUGUUCCUGAGCUUCGAUGACACUCCUCUCGGGGCAGCCUCCCUGGCCCAGGUCCACAAGGCAGUGUUGCAUGAUGGUCGGACAGUGGCAGUUAAGGUCCAGCACCCGAAGGUUCAGGCUCAAAGCUCCAAAGACAUUCUCCUGAUGGAGGUGCUCGUGCUGGCUGUGAAACAACUUUUCCCAGAUUUUGAAUUCAUGUGGCUGGUGGAUGAAGCCAAGAAGAACCUGCCUCUUGAGUUGGACUUCCUAAAUGAAGGGAGGAAUGCUGAGAAAGUGGCCCACAUGCUCAAGCACUUUGACUUCCUAAAGGUCCCCCAGAUUCACUGGGAGCUGUCUACCAAGAGGGUGCUCCUGAUGGAAUUUGUGGAGGGAGGUCAGGUGAACGACAGGGCUUACAUGGAGAAGAACCGGAUCGAUGUGAAUGAGAUCUCCUGCCACCUGGGCAAGAUGUACAGUGAGAUGAUCUUUGUCAAUGGCUUCGUGCACUGUGACCCCCACCCAGGCAAUGUGCUGGUGCGGAAGCGUCCUGACACGGGCAAGGCUGAGAUUGUCCUUUUGGACCAUGGGCUUUACCAGGUGCUGACGGAGGAGUUCCGCCUGGACUACUGCCAUCUGUGGCAGUCUCUGAUCUGGACCGACAUGGACAGGGUGAAACAGUACAGCCAGCGACUGGGAGCUGCAGACCUCUAUCCACUGUUUGCCUGUAUGCUGACAGCCCGGUCCUGGGACUCAGUCAAACGGGGCAUUGGGCAAGCUCCAGUCUCUGCCACUGAGGACUCAGAGAUUCGCAAUAAUGCGGCCUGCUACCUGCCUGAGAUCAGCCAGCUCCUUAACCAUGUGCCUCGCCAGAUGCUGCUCAUCCUGAAGACCAAUGAUCUCCUCCGCAGCAUUGAGACCACCCUGGGCACGCGCUCCAGCGCCAGCUCCUUCCUCAACAUGUCUCGGUGUUGUAUCAGGGCACUGGCUGAGCACAGGAAGAGGGAUGCUGGCUCAUUCUUCAGAAGGACCCAGAUAUCUUUCAGUGAGGCCUUUAGCCUCUGGCAGAUCAACCUUCAUGAACUUCUGCUUCGAGUGAAGGCCUUGAGGCUAGCUUGCUGGGUCUCAGCUCUCCUACGCUGGCUGACUCGGGCUCCACACUGAAUGUGACUGCCAUUCCCUGCCCCUUCCUAGUGUCUUUCCACACCUCAUUCUUUCCUUCACGCUGGGACUACCCACUAACCCAUGUCUGCCUAGGGUUGGCCUGUGGUCCCAGGGUGGUCACCCAUGGCACCAUCCAGCUCUGCCACAGGAGCCCCUGCCUUUUGGUGGCCUUGUCUUGGGGUCCUAGAAUGUACUGAAGAGUGAGUUUCUUUCCUCUAGGGUGGGGAUAAAGCAACCUCCCUCUUGUCUCCUGUAUGUGCCAUUGGCUUGGUCAUCCCUAGUUUUAUGAGGAUUGUCAGAAUGGACCAACCACAUGUGCCACAGGGGCAUGUUUAACUUGUAGUUAAUAAGUGGGGUCUCAGAACUUGCUGAGAACACACUUCAUAUUUUUGCCAUAUCACUCCCAAAGGUGUCCCACCUCAGUGAGGAAGGUUCCAUCUGAGAGUGAACAAUACAGCUGUAGGUUCAUGCUGUCAUGGUGGCACCUUCAGUGUUAUAUAUAUUGUUUAUCGUAAUAAACCUUUUCAAGGUUUCAGGGACUGUUCCUUCUGACUCUAUGGCUCCAUUUAGACUUUCAGUUGCUCUUGCUAGCUGCUCCCUUGGGAAACCCCUAGGUUUCUCAAAGAGGACUAGGAGAUCGAAGUUUGGUUUAGUUAUAGAAUUUAUUUGCUAGGUUGGGAUCAAAUCCUCAAGGUUGCCACAGUACACUUAAACACCAUGUACCCAGAGACCUUGCCUCUCGAAGCCAUGUAGGCUAUAAGACUCCUGUUGCCACAGGGCCACAUCCUGCUUCUUGGAGAUGUCUCCUGCCUUCUACAUCAUAGACCUUGGUUGGCGCCCAAAGCUUGGAACUACAGGCAGAGCUGGGUCCCUACUUGUUUCCUAUGACUGGGGUACCUGUCUCACUCAAGCGGCCAGGUCAGAACUUGCCCUCUGGUUCUCAGUCAGUGACCUGAGUCUCAGGUCUAGGAUUGUACUAGGUCCUUCCAGGUCUUUAGAGACACCAGUCUUCCUGAUGAGACCACAGUCACCAUGGCUGUACCCAUUCUGACACAUCCAUGUCACCUCAUCAAAUUUUGUCUCUAGUCUGUUUCCCCACCAGCAUUCAUAUCUCCCAAGCCCAUCGUUUGCUCCUGUGUGUCUGGAGGGUCUGGGGGUCCCUGAGACCCACAUAUGGAAGACCCUACUUCCAUGAUCAUCCAUGCUUGCAGUUGGAUAACUAUUUGAUCAGAAAAUCUGAACCUCAUUUCCUUUCUCUCUGUUAAUGAUAGAAGCAGAUUUUCUAGUGAGCAGAGACUAUUUGCAUUCUUUUAUUUUCUGAAAGAAGUAAUUGUUCUUGGUGACCAGUUGGAUGUACCCAGGGACCUAGGAGAGUAAUUCACGAGCUCUGUUAUUAAUCACAAGGAUACAUGCUGCAUAUUCUAUUUUAUGGUGUUUUUUACAGCCACUGACAUAAAUAUAAAUGUCCUUUCUGUAUAAGAUAA